AAACGUCACAACUCCUGCACACCCGUGGCCAUCAUCGACCAUGGUGAGCGAUGGACUCCCCCGCCAGACUGGAAGGCCAGGCCGCUCCAACAUAGGUCAUGCUGGCAAGACUAUCUCAACACCAGCGCAUGCCACGAGCAUCGUGCGUAGCGAAGACUUGGAACGUAUCAGGCUCAACUCUACAAUUCUCACGGACGAAGACCUUGCUCGCCUUGCCAAAGAAAGCGAGCAAACAAAAGUUGCGUCGCGGGCACUGGCCCAGGACCGCAAGAACCGCAUGGUGGAAAAGGAACUUCAAGUGCGGGCGCGCCGAGAACAAUAUGCGACACAAAUGGAGCUCGAUGCCGAACGCACCUCGGUCUUGACGAAAGCCGACCUGCAGCGCGUGGAACAUCUCGACGACGUCAAGCACAUCCAAAGCCUCGUGGCCAAGGCAAUUGCAGCGACGGGUUGUGACGCCCAGAGACUGGAGAAAGAAGAAACGCGUCAAUUUGAAGCGUCCUACAACCAGCGCAUUGAGCGGGUGAUGGAGAGUGACCGGAUUGCGGAGCUCCGGGAGCGCGAACGGGCGGCCGGGGAGGCCCGCGAAAAACGUGUGGAUGCCCGAAAAAUGCUCGAAGGACAAAUCAACGAGCGAUUAAAGCAACAGAUUCGCGAAGAGGAAGCGAAAGCCAUCGAGGCAAAGAAGAUUCUCAUGGUAUACAAGCAGUACGAAAUCGAAGAAGAAGCCAAGGUCGCCGCUCAUCGGGUUCAAGUUCAAGCAACGAUUGCCCAAAUCGCCGCCACCAACGCAGACAUCAAGGCAAUGAAAGCUGAGGCCGCGCGACGAGAAGCUCAUGAAGAGCAAGUCGCCGCGCGUUACCUUCGAGAAAAGGCCAAAGAAGAGGAACGUCAGCAGCAUGAGCGGGAAGCUAUCAAGAAAUCCAAGGAACUGCGGGUGGCAAAGUUACGAGCGCAACAGGAGAAGGCGCAGGACAAGCGGAUGGCUCAGGACGAGUUCAAGGCGAAGAAAGCCUUUGAAACGAACGAAAAGGCAAUGCGGCAAAAAGAGGCCGACGACCGAACCAAAAAGCGCGAGAUGAUGGAAACCAUCGAUCGCGAACGAAAGCAGCAGGAAGCGUUCAAGGCGGCUGAGAGAGACGCAAUGGUGGCCCAAGAGCGGCUCGUCGAUCAUGUCGCCCACUGCAUCGAACAAGAGAAUCAUGCCAAGCGCAUGGCGGCGCGGGCACGGGAACAAGAAGCCCACGCGACGUACAUUGAGAAACUGAACCAACAAUUCCAAGACAAUGCGAUGCGACGGAAGAAUAAGGCGGCGCUCGAGACCAACGAAAACGCGGCGCAAGUCAAGAAGGCCGCCAAAGAAGCCAUCAUCGUCGACAAGAUCCGCCGAGACGCGAUUCAAAAGUUAGAAAAGCAAGGUGUCCCCGCUGACUACUUGCGGCCCCUCCAAAAACUCCACGGGCGCAGUCGCAGCACCACGUCGUAGUCCAUUAAACCUCAAAUGCCAACGAAACAUGUAUUCCAAAGUUG